AUGGGCGGAGAUCUGUUCGACGCCAUCACCUCGGCCAACAGAUACACCGAGCGAGACGCCAGCGGGAUGCUCUACAACCUGACGAGUGCCAUCAAGUACCUGCACAGCCUCAACAUCGUGCACCGCGACAUCAAACCAGAAAACCUCUUGGUGUACGAACACGCAGACGGCAGCAAGAGCCUGAAGCUGGGAGACUUUGGUUUAGCGACGGUGGUGGACGGACCUCUGUACACUGUGUGUGGGACACCGACAUAUGUAGCACCAGAGAUCAUCGCAGAAACUGGUUAUGGCCUUAAAGUGGACAUCUGGGCAGCAGGAGUCAUCACAUACAUCCUCCUCUGUGGAUUCCCACCGUUCCGAGGUAGCUGUGAAGACCAGGAAGUGCUGUUUGACCAGAUCCUGAUGGGGCAGCUGGAGUUCCCGAUGCCGUACUGGGACAAUGUUUCGGAAACAGCCAAAGAGCUGAUCCGAUCCAUGCUGGAAGUGGAAGUAGAUCAGAGAUACACCGCUCCCCAGGUCCUAGAGCACCCCUGGGUCACGGAUGAAGGUCUGUGUGAGAACGACCGUCAGCUUUCUGUAGCAGGAAAAAUCAAGAAGCACUUCAACACCACUCCAAAGGACAAUGACACGACCGCCGGCGUCUCCGUCAUCUCGGUGCGUGCAUACCACCGCUCACAUAACGCCUUCAAGAAGAUCUGGGUCGUUGGAUUUCUACCAGCACCCAGCCAUGUACUGGAUCAGACCACCUCUCUUGAUAAGGCGGGGCAGAUUCUCCGACGAGGAUGCCACCCGGAUGUGAUCACGCUGGCGGCCGUGACCCUGACCUCCAGAGCCGAGCGGACCGUGCAGCCUCCCAGCCUCCUCCCCGGCCUCCGCUCCCCUCCGUCGCUCAUGGACCCGGACUCAUACCGGUCCCCUGCCUCCACCGACGUGUCCCUGUGCUCCGUCAACAGCACUGGACGCUCCCCUGGAUCCCCCUUCUGA